AUGUCUGAAAAUAAUAUACCCGGUCCCAGUCGAGCCUUGGAGAUUCAAAUACCAUGUAUUGUUUUCAUGAUUACUACGCCGCUCUUCGUGGGUAUGCGAUUAUGGGCACGAAUCAGGUCGAAAGCAGGCUUUGGAUGGGAUGAUUGGACUAGUUUGGCAUCUGCUACCUUUGCAAUGAUUGUCAUGGCAUUUAUGCUGGCAUCAUGUAGUUAUGGCUUUGGACAACACAUUCGCAACUUGACUCCACAGAAUAAGAUCAUGACCCUCAAGAUGUUCUUUGUGAGUCAGGUCUUUUACAAGUUGACCAUAAACACGACAAAAAUGUCAAUUCUGUUCCUUUACCUACGUAUCUUUUUGCAGCGCUGGUUCCGGAUAGCCUGUUACAUACUACUCGCCGUUGUCGCCUCAUACAUGAUCGCCGCCUUCUUCGCCUCGGUUUUUCAGUGCACGCCGGUGCCUCGGGCAUGGAACAAGACAAUCGCCGGGACAUGCAUCAACAUCACGACCAACUGGUAUGCCAAUGCGGGCUUUUCCAUUGCCACCGAUCUCACAAUCUUGGCGCUUCCGAUGCAGCCGAUAUACACUUCGAACCUUAGGAUGAGGCAGAAGGUGGCCGUCAUGGUUUUAUUUGCCCUUGGUGCAUUUGUGGCGGUCACAAGUAUUCUUCGUAUGCAGACUCUCGACUUUUCUUCAAGCAGCCUGGAUACAACUUACGACCUCGACUCUUCCAUCUGGACAAUGAUUGAAGAGAACAUUGCCAUAAUAUGCUCAUGUCUUCCGAUGAUGCGCGGACCUCUAUCCAUUUGCUUCCCAGCAGUCUUCACGCCACGAUCGGCCAAGGAUACCUACGAGAGCGGAGGGGUCUCCAACGGGGACAGCACAACGGGCUCCGGGGGAUUGAGAUCCCCGCGCAAUCAAUGGACUCAGCUUCACGGGUAUCCCGACAAUCGCGCGGGCAUCAACCUCAACGAGAUAAGCGCGAUCCAGAAACGUCUUUCCGAAGACAGCACCGGUCAAAUCUUACCCGCGACUAACAACCGCAGCCACAAGGUGCGGACGCCCAGCGACGCCAGUGGGAUUCGAAAAGUUCUACAAUACCAAGUUUCCUACACACAACGCGAAGUCAACAGCUCGAAUGGAGAAGACAAGACCUGA